AUGGAUCCUGUUAAGAGAAUUAGUGAGAUGGAAAAGAUUUUAAAUGAUCACAAUGAUUUGAUUGAAGAACUAAGGGCUGCAAUUGAAAAAUUUGCUGACCACCAAGAUGAAUAUAUGAAGCUUAGCAAUUAUUACAGCUCUCAAGAAUAUUUUGAUGACCUAGAAAGGUAUGACAAGGGCGAGUUACCAGAAGACCUUCUCUGUGGAGUCCUUUCUGAAGAUGCUGUCUUUGACCUCUUUGGCGAAAACUUCAACCUUGCCAUUGAAAUGCUUGAGCUUGCAACUGAUGUAAUUAAAUAUCGUUAA